AUGUAUGUUAAAUGGUUUGAUACAGUAAUGUUUUACUAUGUGAUUUUAGUGUAAUUGGUGAAUGUCACUUUUUGUCAUUUUCAAAUUUCCCGCCAUUCCGUCCCUGUACGUUCCGACGUUGCAGGGGACGGAACCCAGAUGACAGAUGCCGGCAUCCACCGGAGGACAUUACAGGGGACACUGCAGGAGGGACAUCACGGGAGCGCAGGACAAGGUAAGUGAUCGAGGGAUCCUGAAGCAGCGCCGCAUUGUAAGCCCGAGUGUAGCUCGGGGUUACUGCUUUUGCUACACUCGGGAAUACAGCUAGGGAGGCUAAG